AGAGGAGUAACACUAGAGGAGAUCUCCCGUUUCUCUCUCUCUCUCUCUCUCCCACAUAGCUCGUCAUUUCCCUGCGAGUCCCACACAGGAGGCUGAAACUCAAACAGCUGAGGGAGACUAUUCUUCUAUUUUGGCGGUGCCAUCUCUUUUUCUCACUUCAAGAUAAACUACUCGUUGUUUUUUUAAUCGUUUUUUUUUUUUUUUAAAUCCCUCCUCUUCCUCAUCUUCUUCGCCCCUCCACUAAAAAAAAGUGGGGUCUCUCCAUCGCCGGGCGGGUGGAUGACUUGCGCGGAUGUUAUUUCCCUGGAUGUUCUCUUCGGGCUGUGUCCGGUCCCGCGGCCCAGAGACCGCAACAGUGUGUGGAAAAGUAGAUUUGAAUGUUAAACAUGUGGCUUCGACGAGGAUAACGCGCUGGAUGCUCGGUGAAGCACGGUGCUGAAGAUGGUAAGAACGCGCCUAAUGGGGCCACUGUCGUGGGGCUGGGUCAAAUGGCCGAGUGUAAUGGGAACAGGAGUCCUUUAUCUGCUGCUGCUAUCAACCUGCCUUGGCCAAGACACAGAAGAUUGGCAAUAUGAGGAAUGUAAACUGUCUCGGUCGGGUCCUCCUGCCACCAUCGUUGCCAUAGAUGAAGAGAGCCCCAACGGAACCUUGUUGGUGGAGAACAUGCAGAUUAAUGGCGUGGCCGAGGGUCCGGAUCGUACCAUCUCUCUUUCCCUAAGGGACAACCGCGACUACUGGGUGAUUCUCGACCCUUCCAAACAAGCCCUUUAUCUCAACAGCACUGGACGCCUUCUGGAUAGAGAUCCCCCCUCGUAUAUUCAGUCCAUCGUGGUUCAGGUUCAAUGUACCAACGAGCUGAUCGGCACGGUGAUUUUACACGAGGUCCGCAUCGUGGUCCGAGACCGCAACGACAAUGCCCCGCGAUUCCAGCAGCCGAGAUACUAUGUGGCCGUCAGCGAGUUGACACCAGUCGGAACCACCAUCUUCUCUGGUUUCUGGGGGAACAACGGGGCGGCCGACAUCGACGACGGGCCCAACGGACAGAUAGAGUACACGAUCCAGUACAACCCGAAAGACCCGACAGCCAACAGAACCUUCGACAUCCCGCUGACACUGUUUGGCUCCAUGGUCCUAAGAGAAAGACUCAACUACGAGGAGAUAACACGCUACCUGGUCAUCAUACAGGCUAACGAUCGAGCCCCCUACCCGAGCGAGCGCCGCACGGCCACCACCACUCUGACCGUGGACGUGCUGGACGGUGACGACUUGGGUCCCAUGUUUCUGCCGUGCACACUCGUGGGAAACACCCGUGACUGCAGUCCCAUCACGUACAAGGCCAACGUACUGGAGCUGACAGAGCCGAAUAAGGUGAAUCCUCUCAAUGUGACUCCACCGAUUCAAGCUGUGGACCAAGACAGAAACAUCCAGCCUCCGUCUGAAAGACCAGGGAUCUUAUACUCCAUCCUCAUCGGCAAACCUCAGACCUAUGCAGAAUAUUUCAGCCUGAACAGAACCACAGCGGAGCUCCUGCUGCUGAGGCCCAUCGACAGAGAGCUGUACCGCAGAUUUGAUCUGGUGAUUAAGGCAGAACAGAACAAUGGCCACCCCCUGCCAGCAUUUGCCAACCUCCAAAUCGAAGUGCUGGAUGAAAACAACCAGGCGCCCUACUUCCUGGAAACAAGUUACCAUGGCUACGUCAGCGAAGCAUCACCUGUGGGAACCACCAUAGCGACCAGCGGCAGCCUGUCCGCACCACUGGCCAUCGUCGCUCUGGAUAAUGAUGUGGAGGAGACGAAGGACCCUCAGCUCCAGUUCUCGUUGGACAGCUACUCUCACGUUUUCUCCGUGUCCGCGACUGGAAUCAGAAGAUACAUCACGCUGCUGCAGCCGCUGGACAGAGAGACACAAGACUUCUAUACAUUCACGCUAUUAGCGUCAGACGGUGUCCAGCAGAGCUUUCCGGUUACCGUGACGAUAACAGUGCUGGAUGCAAAUGACAACACUCCGACUUUCGCUAACGUCUCUUAUAAUGUCAACCUGUUUACUGAUAUGAUGCCUGGAGAAACGGUGCUACAGCUGUCGGCAGUAGAUUCUGAUGCAGGUCCCAAUGGUCAAGUCACCUACCGGAUCUUAGCUGGAGCCCAGGAACACUUUAUUAUUGAAAACAGCACUGGGAUCAUUAGUGUGGCGCCGGGUGUUGACCUCGCUGUGGGGCGGAGCUACGCGUUGACUGUGGAAGCCAUGGACAAUGGGCCUGCACCUCAGCGACGGUCGUCCAUUACCACCGUCUAUAUCGAAGUUUUGCCCCCAAACAACCAGAGCCCCCCACGUUUCCCCCUGCAGCAAUACAACCUGGAGAUCAGCGAGGCCAUGAGGACGGGAGCGACGCUGCUUAAUCUGCAGGCAGUGGAUCGGGAAAGAGAUACUAUCACUUACAAAAUCCAUAGUGGAGACCCCCAUGGACACUUUGCACUAAAGGAGAAUUCAGGGACUUUGGUUCUGGACAAGCCUCUGGACAGGGAGUCUCUGGAUUAUUACACCCUGGUGGUCACAGCCUCAGACGGACAGCCAGAUGGGACGUCCACAGCGAUGGUGAACAUUAUGGUCAUGGAUGUUAAUGACAACGACCCGCUGUUCAUUUCCUCACUGACAGUGAACCUCACUGUCACAGAAGAGCAGGAUAAUGCCUUUGUGGGACAAGUUAAGGCUACAGACCCCGAUCUGGGCUCUAGUGGUCAGGUCCACUAUCGGCUCGUCAACCACCAGAAGCUCUUUUCCAUCAACGCCACCGGAGCGAUCAGAACCACGGUGCCGCUGGACAGGGAGGUGAAAGGUCACUACUUUCUGAUCGUUGAAGCCUGGGACGGUUCGGUGGACCCCCGGCGAUCCAGGUUAACUCUGUCCGUCACCGUUCUGGACGUGGACGAUAACAUCCCGGUGUUCACCCAACAAACCUACAAUGUCAACCUACCGGAGAACAGCCCCAAAGACUCAGUCAUAUUACAGUUAAAGGCGAUAGAUGCCGACCUCGACUCCAACCUCACGUAUCGCAUCAGAAGCGAAGGCCUGGACCCGGAGAUCACUCGGCUUUUCCGCGUCGACCCAGGGACCGGGGAGCUCUCAGUUCUGAAGGUCCUGGACUACGAGGCGCUGAAGGACUCCGAGCCCACGUACAUGUUCACCGUGGAGGCCCUGGAUAGAGAGGGGACCAUGCCUCCUGGACUCGCCUCCGUUACCGUCACGAUCAUAGACAUGAAUGACUUUCCUCCGGUAUUCAGCCAGUCAGCGUACCGAGGCAUGGUCGCCCCGAACGCUGUCAAGGGAACCAUCGUGACCACAGUGACGGCCAACGACUCUGACCCUGCGGGCACCCCGGCAGGUCUAGUGCGAUAUAAAGUGGACCAGGACGCGUAUCCAUACUCUGCCAGUAUAUUUGAUGUGGACGAACACACAGGACAUGUGGUUACCAGAGUGAACCUCAAUGAGGAGCCCAACCUGAAGUUCAAUCUGGUGGUGGUGGCCUACGACGAUGGCGAGCCUUUGAAGGAGAACACAACUCUGGUGGAGAUCACAGUCCUCCAGCCCUCCGUCAUUCCUGUGUUCACCCAGGAAGAAUACAGGUUUGCACCAGUGAGCGAGGAGGCUGAUGUUGGGACUCCGGUGGGAGUCAUUGUGGCAGCUGCUGUCAAUCAAACUAUCGUGUACUCCAUCAUUGAAGGCAACGAGGGAGGGGUGUUCGCAUUAAACGAAACAACGGGAGUGAUUUCCACUGCCAAGCCUCUGGACUACGAGGCCAAUUCCAGCUACGUUCUGAGGGUAGAGGCCAACUCCAUGAGGGUGGUGUCCUCCAACCUCCGAGUCCCAUCGAAGACCAACACAGCGAAGGUGAUGAUUGACAUCCAGGAUGAGAACGACCACCCACCAGUUUUCACCACAUCUCUUUACAUCGGAGGCGUUGCAGAAGAUGCCAAAACCUUCACCUCAGUCUUACAAGUCCAGGCUCUGGACCAAGACACUGGUAACUACAGUUCAAUGAUUUACCGGCUGAUCAUCCCACCUCAGCCUGGUAAAGACACCAAAAAAAGUAAAGACGGAUUUGUCAUCGAGCCGUACAGCGGCGUGGUGAAGACGGCAAUCAUGUACCGCAACAUGAGGAGGUCGUAUUUUAAGUUUGAGGUGGUCGCUACGGACAACUAUGGACAAGGACACAGCACCAAGGCAGAGAUAGUGGUGUCAGUCGUGAACCAGCUGGACAUGCAGGUGGUCGUAUCAAACGUCCCUCCCACCUACGUGGAGAAAAACAAGAACAAGCUGCUCAGCAUUUUGGAACGCUACGUCCAGGAUCAGAUACCAGGAGCAAAGGUUGUCGUGGAAACCAUCGGGCCCAAUCGCCAUGGUGAUGGGAUGGAGCAGGAGGACUACACCAAGUCAGACCUCAUGAUUUAUGCCAUCGACCCUCUGACAAAUCGAGCCGUAUCCAGACAGGAGCUCUACAAGUUUCUCGACGGUAAACUCUUGGACAUCAACAAAGAGUUCCAGCCCUUCCUCCCCCCCGGCGGACGGAUUCUGGAGAUCCGAACCCCGGACGUGGUGACCAGCGUCAAGAAAGCUAUGCAAACCGUAGGCUACACAGAGGGGGCGCUGUUGGCUCUGGCAGUGAUUAUCAUCAUCUGUUGUGUCCCUGCGAUAUUGAUCGUGAUCAUCACCUACAGACAAUUCAAAGAACGCCAGGCGGAGUGUGCCAAGACAGCCCGAAUCCAGAUGGCGCUGCCAACAGGCAAACCUGGGGGAGGCACUGCCAACAACCUGUAUGAGGAGCUGGGUGACAACGCCAUACAAACCCGAUCAAACCACAGCGGUGGUGGCAAUGGCGGCAGUUUGGAUGAAAUCGAUCGCCAGCGCCUGAUCUCUGAUUUUGCCGAUCGCGCGAUCGCCGCCCAUCGGCAGUGUGUCGCAAACGGAGGGGUGCUUAACAAACUGCCCAAGUCUGAGUCCAAUAUCACCUUCCUCUCUGACGAAAACCCCCUGACUAUCAAAAACCCCAUCUACCACGAGGACGGGACCCUGAGUAGUCCAGAGACUCUCGGAAGAAGCCAGAGAAGACGAGACCUCCUCGGGAACUUCUCCCCUUCCAGGAAAGGCCUUCGAGAGGCCUGGCUGAGGCUCAGCUCCAGUGGAGGUGAUGUGGGCUUUGGUGGUUACAGUGGCAGUGACAGUGGAUGGGGAUCCGGGGGCGGACACAGCUGGACUCUCCCAUCGAGGUUACACCGAAGGGAUAUGUAUGACGCCGUGAGACGCCAAGUGGUCAUGGAUCCUGUGCAGUGGGAGCUGGAGCUCCUCAAGGCUGAAUUCAAGGAGAGUAAAGACGCUGGCCUGGAUUCAGGAUUUGACCGUGGGUUGGAUUCAGACCUGAUGGGGAGUCCGAGUCUGGAGCCCAAGCUGACGGUCAAAGAACAAGCCCGGCAGUUUGAGCAACAGGCGCUCCAGGAAAUGAGACAAAGGCAAAACAGGGAUUCACGAGGAUCCUUGUCACCUGAUUUUCUGCUUUCUAUUUUCCCGGAGUCUCCUCAGCAUCUCAAGCAAACUCCCACACAUACGAUCCCAUUUGUUCUGACCAGAGACGGCCCCCCCAGUAUCAUCGUGACCCAAAGUGACGGAGGAACCCCUCCACCAAGUCACAAGCCGACUCCACCUGUGCUGCGGCGCUUCGGCGGAAAUUUAACAGCAAAUCCGAGUGGAGACGACAGACUUCAGGUCCAUUUAGAGAUUAUCCCCGACCCUCCUUCGACUCCUCCACCACCACCACCUCCUAUGACCCCACCACCUCCACCACCUCCAGCAUCCUCUCCUCCUUCUCCUACAUCUCCUCCUCCGCAGCACCCUGCCUCCCCUCCUCCUCUGCCUCCUCCUUCCCCUCACUCCAACCAAACAAAAAAGCAAGCUCCUCCUCCUCCCCCACCACCGCCACCACCUCCUCCUCCACCUCUCCCUCCUCCCUCGUCGCCCUCACUCCUGCGUCCCUCCACCUUCGUCCUCCCUUCACUGUCGGAGGUUCCAGCUCUGCGGCCCGUGUCCCUCCGGCCGCCACCGCCGCCGCUUCCUGUGGAGCCCGAGCCUCAAAGGAGGGAGCUGAAAGGAAUCCUAAAGAACAUCCAGAACAUUGCGGACAUUGAGAAGUCCGUGGCCAACAUGUUCAGUCAGAUAGAUCGGAAACAGAUCCCGCUCAAAAAGGUCAUGAAGGGGCGGGCCUCCAUAGAUUCUCUUGAUUCUCUCGACUUGGAUUUAUUAGCAGCUGAAGGCGGAGGAGGAGGGGAGGCUGGUUCAGGAGGAGGGGAGGGAGGAGAGGGAGGUAGAGAAGGAACCGGAGGAGGAGAGGAUCCUCCACCUCCUCCACCUCCACAGAUUCGGCCCAACACAAACAUGAACUCCAUCGUGGAAGAACUUGAGAAGCGGUUCCCCUCUCAGUCGACAAUGCUCUAGCCUCCGUGUGUCGGAUAUGGAAAAGCACGAAGCGGGGGAAUCUCCUAACACUGCUUAGUUCCCGCUGAGCUGACAAGGGACUGAUGCUCAGAAUAGCUCAGUGACGCUGGUAUGAUUUGAUGAUUUCUUCCAACAUGACUUCAUGUUUUCUACACAAAAAACAAAGAGGCACUAGGGUUAAAAUAAACUCUAUCGGUAGAACAAAAACGAUUCUUAUCUCAAAUGAAGUUACAUGUUGAAAACAGAAGAAGAGAAGGGGAGGAGGUGUUACAGCCAAAAAGGUCACAUCAUAAAUGUGUCACGUUGUAGCUUAGAACUAUUAAAAGAAGAGGGAUUCAAGUUGUUGAAAAAAUGGAAAUGAAAACCAGGUUAAAAGGUUAACUCCAUUUCCUAAUUUGUGCCCCUUUCAGCGAAGCUGACCCACUGAGGAAUUCAAAAGCUCGGCUCCGAACUAUAACAUCGAAGCAAUAGUUUGUGAAGCGUACUCAUUAUCUGCCUUGGCAAUUAUUUCUCUUUCCCCCCAAACAACAUUUAUAGAGCUUGUUCUUUAAUUACCACAGAGGAAAAUUGACGUAAACAACUGUAGAUGGGAGCCGAGUAAUUAAAUGAUUAGAAGAGGUGAAAUGUUUCCUGGUUGACUUUCAGUUCGACUACUGUCGCUAACAUUUCACAUCCUCGCCAAGUAAUUGUUGUUACAACAAAUUAUGAUCAAUCAGUGUCUUUCUUAAAGGGAUGUGACAUGACUCACACUCACUGGCUGAUUACAUGUUUGCGAAGGCUUGAACACACGCACACACAUCGAGUGGGCGUCUGAAGAGCUUGAUUGAAGAUGCACCGGGUGUGAGAAGGAAAAUCAAUCAAGAGGAGGGAAGAACAUUGUUGAACCUGCCAACUUGGAUUGAACUGCGUUUAACGGGGAUUCCUAUAUGUUCCUUUGCAUGGAUACGAUUUCCUACAGUUUCUGCUGCUACAGGACGACAACUAGUAUCAUUGUCUGUGUCAUGUUUGUUUUUUUCUUUCCGCCUCAUAUUCACUGUCAUGUAGUUGUCGAGAGCUGUGACAGUUACUCUAAGAUCAGAACCUCUUUUGUGUUCUACGUGCUGUCUGUAAACAGCUGUCCAUAAUUGAUGUAAGCUCAUUAAUUUAUUUGAGGCAAAGCACAACAUUUUUCUUUUAAAGGAGACAUUUAAUGAUCAUAUAUACUCAGGUUCAUACUUUUGACAUCGCUUUCCUCAAACUGUCCUUUGCUGCAGCUCCUCUUUUCAGCCUCUGUCUGAAACACUUGGUUCAGGCCUCUGGUCUUCACCUGCAUUUCAGGAGCAUGAGGAACAGUGUUCUGUGUGAGAGGAGUUCCUUUUCUGCAGAUUCUGGUCUUUUUAAUUUUUGCAGAACUUGACACACACAUAUACAACUCACUAGAGGAAAGACAAUUCCAAAAAGCAUCACAUGUCUCCUUCAAGAUCAAUACUUUAAGACAUGAGUGUCUUUCAAUGUUGGAAAGUAACUUGCUCCAAGCUGAAAAUGCAAUUUAGUUGUUAGUUUUAAAAUCAUAUAUUAUAAAUACUUUGUUUCUAGUUCUCUAUACUGGCCCCGAGCGCCGAAAGGUUUUCACAAGGUUUUUCUUUCUGUUGUUCUCAGUCUGUCUUCCUCUCUCAUUUUUAAUUAUGUCUUGUUAAUCCUUUCUUUUCACCUUGGACUCACAUUAAUGUUGCAUUGGUCCUGAAUUGUCUGUUAAUGUCACGUGUAUGUUUUUUUUUUAAGAUGACACAGUAAUGUUUGAUGCUGUAGGUGGAGGCAGAGGCACAGCGGAAAUAUUUCUGAGACAUUUAUGUAGAGUGAUAUUUUUAUUCACGAGAUGUGCUAAAUUUUUAUGAACCUUUUCUAUAGGGCUGUGUUGUCAUUGUGCAGGAACUGACUGGGAAAUGAUUAAUAUUAAAAAAUACAAAAAAGCCUCCGACAUUAGACAUUUUUCUCAAUAAAAUGUAAAAUACUGUGGUGAUAACUAAGUGCACAGGAUUUAUUGUUUCCUGCCUCCGUUCUGGAUGAAUAUAUCCAUCCCUAUAGAGGUUAACUCAUUCGUAACCCAUCCUCAUUAGUUAUAAACCUACUGACCUAGUCUCCCUAUCCUCUGUCGUGUUUACAUUAACACUGGAAUAUAGUAGAAACCCCAAUUGUCUUUAAAAUAACCUCAGAUUAAGCAGAAGCAGCAAAGUGGCUCAUCCCCUGACUGACAAUUACCUUGUGUGUCUUGCUCUUGAUGUAACUGUGCCAGGAAAGUAUUCACAGGAAGCCAUGUACACGGCCUCCUACAGCUGGGGCAUAUUAAUGAGGACGUAUAAUGCUUCACUCACCUCACAUAUACGAUACUGUCUUUUAUGAAGGUCACACAACCGCGUCAUGCCAAAAGGAAUUUAUAUAUACCCCUAUACUUUUAUAUUGGAUGUUUCACUGUGCAUCAAAGGUGCUUCACUCUAAGCCAAAUGUCUUACUAGCAUGAAAUAUGCUGAAGUUACUUUGUCCUGUUUAAAGGUUUACGGUCUCCAGCUCUUUGUUUCCAUGUCGGCAGAUUCCUGGUUCAUCCACCUCAAUUGAAUCUGCUCUAAAAGUUCACGGCAGUUCUUAAGCCUGUAUUCUACCACUUCCACCAAGUUUUACUUCAUUAGUUCAGAAGGUUUUUGUGUAAAAAAGCAACAGAGACAGAACCUUGUUGGCGUUGAGCUUUGACUCUUUUCUCUUUAAUAUAAAAAUCUUUUUAUUACAUUUGAUGACCAUUCGAGCGACGUUUUUGGAAUAACGUCACACAUAAAGUCAUUCAUUUGAAUGAGAAUCUGAUGUGCAAAGAAGAACCUGCCUGUGAAACGCUGACUCUAAAGAUAUAAGAAUCACACGCGAGUAGAUUUCACUGCCUUCAGUUAACACGGUUUGGAGAAGAGGAUUCUAGACGCAUGUUGUCAUUAAGAGGUGACAGAAUCACGUCUGUCCCUCAAGAUCAUGUCGGUACAAUGAGAUCAAAUCAUGAUACACAACCAAUAGAACAAGCCCUGAUAGUUAUAUCUCUGGUGACCAAGUGAUGACAUUAUAACAAACACACACACACACCUUAAUGCAUCUUUGGAAUCUCUUAUGUCAGAGGAAAGAAUGAGCUGCAGUUACAAGAUAAACAGCCUUUGCAAAAAAUUUUUAGCAGCCUCUUCUUCUAACGUACAUUAAACCACGAUCAAGCCUCUAAAAUAGAUUUUUACAAAACACUCAAUCCAGUGAGUGAGAACACUUACAUGAAAACACACGGCGACAUUGUUCAGGUUGCAGGAAGAGCCACUGUUUCAGCUGAGUGACUCAGAAAUGUUUUAUACUAAGGUUUUCUUUCAGCCUGGGUCGUUACACACACUCACACACACACACACACACACACACACACACACACACACACACACACACACACACACACACACACACACACACAGUCUUCAUUGUCCCCCAGACACAUUCUCUGCUUUCACCUUUAUUGUGCGUUUGCUAGAAAACAGACAUUUCAUCUCAGACAUCUGGAGGAGUAUGUAAUGUUUUCAACACCCGACAAAGCAGACUGCAUUUAAUUGAAACUGAGUUGAUGAGGAACAGAGAUACGUGACACUGGUGGAGAGCGGCUGGCUCACUCACGUGUAAUUGCAAAGUCACAGGUUUGAUCCCCGAAACAGCAAUGAUUAUCAGGAGCUAAUGUUUCAAGCAGAAAAAGAGCAAAGAUAAUUACAGUGUGCUGCCGUAAAGGGAGAUUCUAAGAAUAUCUGCGUGAGCUAACUCUGAAUCUCAGAAGAUCAUUUUGUUGCAAAUUUUAUAUCUUUUUUUAUUUUCGAGUGCUGAAAUAAGCAGCGUUUGAUUCGAGCUGGAGAAAAAGUGAGAGAAAAAUGAGGUGAGGAGAGACUGUGGAAAGGGCGAGGGAGCUACAGUAGCUCUAUGAGAGAGAGAGAGAGAGAGAGAGAGAGAGAGAGAGAGAGAGAGUGUGACUGAGUGUCACAGUAAAGUGUGUUUUUAAGAGCGGGUGUUUUUCUCCUGUUCCUCAUACACUCCGCGAGACAAGGUGGAGAGUACACAAAGAGAGCGGGAGUCAAUCAUGUCAGGUGUGUGUGUGUGUGUGUGUGUGUGUGUGUGUGUGUGUGUGUGAGACUGUGUGAGACUGUGUGAGACAAAGAUCAGAUAGCUGUCUGUGUGUUUUUGUCUGGAGAGGACCUAAUUAUGUGUCAGUCAGAUCAACAGGGACACAGAGGUAGACUUAUCUUCCUGACACACACACACACACACACACUCCACAGUCUACACAAUAUAAUCCUGAGAUCAUACACACUGUGUCUUCAUUCAUUUAUUCCUCCAUUCAUCCGUCAUCUAUUCAUCCACUCACACAUCAACCUUAUUUAACCAGAUAAGCUCGCGUCGUUCAAUCAUUCAAAACUGUGACAACCGUGUGUGUGUCUGUGUGUUCGGAUGCACAGCCACAGCAUAUAUUUACAUCUGAAUUGAUUUAAUGAAAAGCUCAAGUGGUUAAGCUAUUUGUGCGUGCGUGCGUGUGCAUGUGCACAGUCUAAUAACAGAGAGGAAAAUCGAAUGUGUCCUCCAAAAGUCACCAUUUGUUCUGCGAUGCAUCUUCAUUUUUCCAGCUCAUUACCUCGGUUUCACCGGAAAAUAGAACCUGCUGCACAUGUAGUGAAGAUGCAUGGACGAGGCCAUUUUCAGCUGUUUCUCUUCCUUUGUAUUUUUCCCCUUUUUAAAAUCCCACCAAUUGUGCUUUUGUCUCGUUUUUUUAAAAGACUCUAUUUCACUUGGCCUCAUUGUCUUUGUUUGAAGUUUGUUUUCUAGGAACAGCGAGUCUCAAGUUGACAGAACCGUAACCAACAUCCAGCUUAGUCGCUCAUUCUGUCAUCAUCUGAUAUAUGUGGCAAAAAUAAAACAGGAUCUUUCGCAAAUGUGAAACUAAAGAGUCGUCAGAUAAUUAAUUUUAGCUGAAGUAAAAGAAACAAUGGGAGAAGCAGCACUUGGUGCAGGUGGUUUCUCCCUGUUCAUGGACUUAUUAUGCACCGGUUCGUGGCCGCUGGUUAAUUUGAUUGGAGACUUCACAAAAAAAGACAAAAUAAAAGUUUGAUUGGAGUCGACAGGGAGAAUUUCACAGAAGUAAAAACGUGUCAGUUUCAGUUCCGUGCUGACUCACUCACUGGUCAGCGCUCACCACGCGUUGAAAAGUGCAUCUAAAUAAGCACCCGGGCAGAACUGGAUUUACUCUUUAUUUGGGUUUGUGGUGUUAUUUGCAUUUUGAAACUCACUCAUGCAUCAAGUGUUUACUGUUUACGUUUUCUCUGAGAUGUU